AAUGUCAUAUCAAUUUCAGUUAAAAACUACUUCAGUUGUGCAUGACACUCCGCUGGCUAUAAACAUACAUUCUGAAUGGAUUAGGAGUGAUAGGAACUCAGUAUAAUUGGUUGUUAGGAGGCUUGUUUUUUUUUUUUUUGUAAAACUUUAUUCAUUUUCGCGCUGUUCUUGUUUGGAUUAGUGAGUGUGUGACCCUUUGCCUGUGUAGCCGCAGCGUUAGUGAUUAGCUGUGCCUCUCUAUUUAUAAACAACUAUUUAUCUUGCAUUGCAGUUAAUAUGCAGUUAAAAGAAUAAUACACACAUACUAUUAGAGUAUAUUUGAAAAGCCAUGGAGAAUUACCGUCAGCAGCGGUAUGAGUCCUCUGCCCCUGGACGGGAGAAUAAAUUUAGCAAAAAGAAAGUUUUUGCUGGGGGAGCCGGCGGCACUACCGCACAUUAUGAAGACGGCGAAAGGAAGCCUAAAUUUCACUUAAACAUUAGAACCUUGACGGAUGAUGUGCUUGACCGCUUUGCCAGCAUCCGUGUUCCAGGCAGCAAACGAGAGCGGCCCACUCUUUCCCACCUGAAGCACUCUUGCUCCUCCACUAGUGAAUGGUCUACGUCCCCCGAAUUUGAAGCGUUUGCUACCAAGCAGAUGUCUGAGAAAGAGAUCCUAGCACUUUUUGAAAAGAUGAUGGAGGAUAUGAACUUAAACGAGGACAAAAAAGCACCCCUCAGGGAAAAGGACCUCAGCAUGAAAAAAGAGAUGGUCAUUCAGUAUAUCAGCACAGCAUCCAAAACAGGCAGCCUGAAGAGCAGCCAUCAGAUCUCGCCACAGGAAUUCAUCUCUGAACUAAAGUCAGGUGCUACAGAUGAAAGGCUCUUCAGCUGCCUGGAUUCUCUGCGUGUGUCUCUGACCAGUAACCCUGUCAGUUGGGUGCAGAGUUUUGGCCAUGAAGGCUUGGGACUACUAUUGGACACUCUGGAGAGAUUACUUUACAAAAAACAUCAAGAAAAGAUUGACAAGAAGAGUCAAUAUAAAGUCAUACAGUGCUUGAAGGCCUUCAUGAACAAUAAGUAUGGGCUGGAGAGGAUCCUGGGGGAGGAGAAAAGCCUUUCCCUGCUGGCCAGAGCCAUCGAACCAAGGCAGCCUAACAUGAUGACAGAUGUGGUCAAGCUGCUGUCUGCAAUAUGCAUCGUCGGUGAAGAAAAUACCCUUGAAAAGGUUCUCGAAGCAAUAACUACUGCUGCGGAACAUAGAAACAUCGAAAGGUUUCAUCCGAUAGUUGAGGGCCUGCGUGACCACUCAGUGCAGUUGCAAGUGGCUUGUAUGCAGCUCAUCAAUGCUCUUGUUACAUCUCCUGAUGAUUUGGACUUCAGGCUUCACAUCAGAAAUGAAUUUAUGCGCUGUGGACUGAAAGCGAUAUUGCCACAUCUGAAUAUCAUUAAAAGUGAUGCACUGGACAUCCAGCUCAAAGUGUUUGAAGAGCACAAAGAAGAAGAUAUGAUUGAGUUCUCUCAUCGUCUAGAGGAUAUUAGAUGUGAAUUGGAUGAUGUCAAUGAUGUCUACCACAUGGUGCUGAACAUGGUAAAGGAUACGGAUGCAGAAGGUUAUUUUCUCUCCAUUCUACAGCAUUUGAUGCUAAUCCGGAACGACUAUUUUGUAAGGCCACAAUAUUUCAAGAUUAUAGAAGAAUGCAUCUCCCAGAUACUGUUACAUCGCAGUGGUACAGACCCAGACUUUACAUAUCGCAAGCGCUUGGAUGUAGAUUUCAGUCACCUGAUAGAUGUCUGUGUCGAUAAAGCAAGAACAGAAGAGUAUGAACAGAGAGUUUCAGAACUGGAACAGAAGUUUGAUGAAGAAUUUAUGGCUCGACAAGAGGCCCAAGCUGAACUUCUGAAAAGGGAAGAAAAAAUCAAUGAACUUGAAGCAGAAUUGCAGGCUUUUAGAUCCCAGUUUGGAGCAGCGCCAGCUGGAGUUCCGACUCUUCGAUCACUUCAAGGAAGUGUUUUUAACUCAUUCCCUCCACCUCCACCCACAUCUGCACCUGGGGGAGGUGUCCUGCCACCUCCCCCUCCCCCUCCCCCUCCCCCUCUCCCUGGAUGCGGACCACCACCCCCGGCUCCAUUUCUUCAUGCAUCUGGAGCGCCUCCGCCCUUCGGGGCCCCUCCUCCACCUCCACUCGGGUUUGGGGGGGCAAACUUCUCCCCGCCCCCCAACAAACUGCCUUUUGGCAUGAGGCCUAAAAAGGAAUUCAAGCCUGAAAUCUCCAUGAAGAGGCUCAACUGGUCUAAGAUCAGACCCUGUGAGAUGUCUGAAACCUGCUUCUGGAUAAUGGCAAAUGAAGACAGAUAUGAGAACCCUGACCUGCUGGCUAAGCUAGCACUUACAUUUGGGUCUAAGAAACUCGCCAAGAAGGAGGAGGAGGAGCUGGAGGAGAAGAAAUCCAUCAAAAAAAGAAUCAAAGAACUGAAAGUCUUGGAUCCAAAGAUAGCACAGAAUCUGUGUAAGUGA